AUGGCGGCGGCGUGGCCGGAGCUGGAAGCGGCGGCACGGGAGCGGCGGAGGGAGCUGGCGCUGCAGGGAGCGGCGGUGGCCGAGCGGGUGGCGGCGGGCGGCGGGCGGCUGCCGGCCCAGCUGCUGGCGCUGCCGCUGCUGCAGUCGCUGGAGCUGAGCGGCUGCGCGGCGCUGAAGGAGCUCGGCCCGGGGCUGGCGGCCGCGCUGCCCGCCCUGCACACGCUGGUGCUGAGCGGCAACGCGCUGGGCCCCGCCGGGCUGGGCGCGGGGCUGGGCGGCCCGCUGCCGGCCCUCCGCCUGCUCGACCUGUCCGGGAACGGGCUGGAGGCGCUGCCCGCCGAGCUGGGCGGCGCGGGGCCGUCGGAGGAGGGGGGGGAGGCCGCGGCCUUCCCGCAGCUGCGCAGCCUCAACCUGAGCGGGAACCGCCUGCGGGAGCUCGGCCCGGGGCUGGCGAGGGCCGCGCCGCAGCUGCGGGAGCUGCUGCUGUCCGGGAACCGGCUCCGCGCGCUGCCCGGGGCGCUGCUGCCGUCCGCCGACGCCGCGCCGUUCCCGCUGCUCGGCCGGCUGGAGGCGGCCGACAACGAAGUGGAGGAGCUGAGCCCGGACAUCGCCGCGCUGCCCGCGCUGAAGAGUCUGGACGUGGCCAACAACCGGCUGAGCGCGCUGCCCGCCGCCUUGGCCGAUUGUCCCCGCCUGAAGGACGCCAACCUGCGCGGAAACCCGCUGCGGGACCGCCGCCUCGAGAAGAUGGUGAACGGCUGCCAGACGCGGGCCGUGCUGGAAUACCUGCGAUCCAAGGGCCGCGCCGAGGGCGGCCGCGAGGAGACCCGGAGGAGAAAACGGGAGAAACAGCAGAAAAAAGACGGCGGGGACGGGGAGCGCGAUGAGGCGGAGGAGGUCGGGAAGCUGCUGCUGAAGGUCCUGCAUGUGGGCGACAACCCGGCGCCGAUGGUGGUCAGGGCGAGCCCGGGCGUCAGGGACGUGCGGCCCUACAUCGUGUGCUGUGUGCUCAGAGGGGUGCAGCUGCGGCCGGGGAACGCCGUGCGGAGGUUCCUGAGCGCCCAGACCAAACUGCAUGAAGAUAUAUGUGAAAAGAGGACGGUGGCCACGAUCGCCACCCACGACCUGCAGCUGGUCAAAGGGCCGCUGACGUACAGCGUGCAGCCUCCUGCUGAGCUGAAGAUAACUCCUCUGGGCCGAAAGGAGAUCAGAGCCAAGGAUCUCCUCCGUCAGCUGCAGAUGGAAGCGGAGGAGCAGAGGAAGCAGAAGAAGCGGCAGAAUGUUUCUGGGUUGCACAAGUAUCUGCAGUUGUUGGAUGGCAAAGAUAACUACCCGUGUCUCGUGGAUGCUGAAGGUGCUGUGAUUUCCUUCCCACCAAUAACCAACAGUGAGAAAACAAAGAUCAGAAAAACCACCCGUGAUCUGUUCCUGGAAGUGACAAGCGAUACGAGUUUGCAGAUAUGCAAAGAUGUCAUGGAUGCUCUCAUUCUGAAAAUAGCAGAACUGAACAGGUUCACUAUGGAAAAUAAGGAGGAAGGCUCGGGCUCGGAUGAUGAACCAGAUGCUCUGUGUGGAGCGGAGAAUGUGAAGCCCAACCAGAGCGCGCAGCAGCCGCUGGUGGUGGAGCAGGUUCGAGUGGUGGACAUGGAUGGAAACCUGAAAGUACUUUAUCCUUCAAAAACUGACCUGGCUGCAGCGCCCUCCCUGCUCACAGUGAUUCGCUGACCGCUAUCAAAGAUCAGCAAAUUACUCUGCCCCGUUUUUCUUCUUUCCAUAUCCAAGAACGCAGUGACGUGUGUGAAAGAGGAGCUGCAGUGCGCCCUGCCUGCCUGCGUAGGACAUGAAAGCUUGAGCCAGUCCUGGCAAGGAGGAUUGCAUUCUCUCUCAGCCUUAGGAGAAAGGCAGCAGCACUCUGUGGCUGGAGGCAACAGCAUCUGCCAGUGCAAACUUAAAAGCAGGGAAGGUGUUCAAAGUCAGAAUCCACCAGCUUGGAAGUGAAUCGUGAUGAUGUUUCAGUUUAUAAAACAAAUGCAGUCGUAUUGCUCUGCAAGGUUACUCCUCCUUCCUGGUGCUUCAGCUGGAUCAUCAUCUUAGAGGCUGAACUGGGAAAUCCAGUAGGUGACAGCACUGGUGCUGCUGUGUGCCAGUGCUGAAGGCAGGGUGCAGAAGUGCUCACAGCAUCUCAUUUUGCACAGUUUCAUGUCUGGGGUAACCAUAAAACUGAAAAUUCGGUGUAUUUCAAACAUUUUAAACCUUAAUGCUGCCAGAAUCUGAGCAGUGAGUUUUGCAGUAAUGUUUUUUUUUCUUGCUGAGUUCCCGUGUUUAGCACAGCUUUAUUUUUAAAUGGAGGCAGUAGAACUGACUGCAGGGGUUUGCAUUUCCCAGUGCAUUUUACAGCCACAUCCCAUCCUUGUGGAAGCCCCAGCUGUGAAUUUAUUGUGUGCCACUGAGUUAACUGCUGGUCAAGCCCUGGAUUUGUUCUUAUUGUGAAAUGGAGCCCCAGUCACAGGGCUGCUGCUGUGUCAGCACUGCCCCCCAGCUUCCCAGAAUGUGAACCUUCUGUCUGAGGUGACCCCAGUCCUCCACUCCACUUUGGUGAGUGCUGGGGACGCCGUCCGAAAUGCAGACGGUUGGAGUGGUUCAGCUUUUUGCAGUCUGGGUGACAACAGCCUGGCUGUUGUCUGAAUGCAAACCUCUCCAUCCAUAAGCUGGAUGGACUGAGUCACAGAGUUCUGUGUGAUCCCUGUAGAUCCCACACCAAAUACAGCCACGUGCCUGCGUACUGAAUGCAAAAAUAAAAUGGUUCUUGCAGUUGUA